AUGGGGUCAGCCUCGUCCACGAUGAGCGCUAGCCCCGCAAUCGAUCAAUCAUCUCCCCCGACUACCGAUAAUAUACCUGACCCCUCUGUCACUGCUCCUUCAACGACCAAUGCGGUCCCUGGAUCUUCUUCAUCGUCAAGCAAUAACGAUUCUCACUCCGAUCAUCAAAGCCUCAAGACGAUCACUCCAUCAUAUGCGACUAUACCCAGCAAGAAGUCUAUACCGUCUCAACUUUUAGUACCGGCUUAUCACACCUCAGCGUCAACAAGUACUUCCGCUCCAUUGUCUGGUUCAAGCGCCAUGUCUGCCUUACUUCCCAAACCGACUCUCGUCCCCAUCAAGCCACCGAACCCAGGCUCAAGCUCAUAUCUAAAAAGUACCAACGUGGAGGACAAGGAAGAAGGAGAAAUCAGCGAAGACGAGAUAGUUCAAAUAGAUGCCAUACCAAUUAGAGCGGUCCCCAAGCCCUCAUUUCCCCCAGCAUCAGUGCCCCCACGUCGACUACCGCCUCCGCCUCGACCUGCCCCGUAUCUGGCUGACAAUGCCUUGACGAAGAACCAAAGAAAGAAACGGGAUCGAAGAUUGAAGGCAGAAAUGAAUUCUCAACAAUACCAGAAAAAUCACCAACAUCGUCCGCCAUUACCUGUUCAGAGACCACGCUCGCCCAUUCCUUCUAACACUCCCACUGGACCCAGAUCAUUGAGACCAAUAGAGGAGUGCGGUAAAGGAAGAGAAAGGGAAGAAGAAGCAGAAGUUUCUUUGGAAUUAAAUGAACCAGUUGCUCCAGCUGCUUCAGAUAUAUCCCCUGAUGAGGCCAGCCAAUAUAUGGAGAUAAUCCGAAACCUCAUUUUCGAAGGCGUAUCUCCAGAGCUAUUGGUUCAACGCGGUGCUACUGCAAAAUAUGUUAUGGCUGUUUGCGAAGAGAUAGUGGAAGGAACAAAUAAACGUAAAGCUCUUUGGCUAGAAACGAGGGAAUUACCUAGAGCAAGUAGUGAAACUGACUCGAAUGCCCCACUUGUCCGACCCGAAGACAAAUCUCCUAGUCCAGACGUGGAGAUAACAGUCAAAAAUGGUGUCACAACUGAAGUGGAAAGAUUAAAGAGUAACGGAUCGGAAAGUUCAGUUGAACAUGCACGAGUAGAAAGAAUGAGUGCACCUACCGAUCGGCACCCUCCUCAUAGUCUGAUCUCACAGGCUACAGUAUCCUCAACAGCUGCUCAACCCGUCAGAAUUGAAACUUACAAACCUAGUCAAUCAUCCCGACUUCCUAUGAAUCAAGGGAAUAUUCCACCACAUGCGCCUUUUCAUCAUCUCCAACAAUUUGGUGAAUCAAGCAAAUCCUCACACCAUCUUACUCCAGCAUCUUUAGGUGCACCCGCUCAAUCGUCACGACAGAAAGGAAAGAGACAAAUGGACUAUGGCCGGGAUAUUGGGUUAAACCCCAUAUCCAAUGUGCUCCUUAACUACGAUGAUGGCCUGGAAGAAGGACAUCCUUCGAAUCGGUCGUCCCGAUUAACCUUGUCGGAAAGGUUGGAAUCCUCCAACCGUUUCGCUGUACUUCAGGCCCCCAUAUCAACGCCUCCUUUCUCCCCUCCCCUUUCUCAAGCUUCUCUGCCUCCACCUGAGCCUACUGCUCCUCCGCCACCUGCUCCACCUUCUGUCUCAUCCGAGGCGGAUUUGCAAAACCAGCUUCUCGAAAGUCGGAGGAAAGCAUUAGAAAGUAUGCGACGUCGAAGAGCUGCAGCACCCAAACUGGCCAACACAAUAUUAGACACAACAGUCGAAGUGCAGUCAACAUCUGAAUCAGUUACAAACGAUGAAGAGGCUGAUUUGCAAAAGUCUAUCGAUGCGCAGAUGGCAGACAUUGAGAAAGCAGUUCUUGAAGCUGCGGCCGCUGUUCAAGGAAAGGUAGAAGAUCAGGAAGAAGCAGAGGAAGAGAUGGACAUCGAUGAUCCUGAAGAAGGAGAAAUUAUUCCUUCUUCAACGCUUGCCUCCACUCUGGACCCUCCGUCCACCCUUCCCGUCUGGCCGAUAUCAUUACCCAUUCGACCACCCCGAGGUGUGAAGCGACUUCAUGCUGAAGAUAUGAUGGAUAACCGAAGUACAUCUGCACCAGCGCGCAUACUGCCACCAGCUAAGAGAAGACCUUUUGGAGCUGCACAACGUAUUCAGCGGCUUAUGAUCAAUAUAGACGAUUCGGAUUCCGACUCUUCCGAUGACGACCGGGAAGAGUACAAUGCAGUGUUCACGCCGAACACUGAGGGUGAUAUCAUCGAAAGGCAAAGACUACUAGAAGAGAAGGAAGCGAGUAUACAGAAACUGAAAGAUCAGAUAGCUGCCAGAAUGGCAGCCAGACUCAAAAAACCCGAAACUAUUAUUGGGAGCGUAACUCCCAUGAACAAGACGGCGAGUCAAGGUGUCGCCGAAGUAGCCAGUCGAGCAAUCGGGACAUCUGGAUAUGGCGAAGAAUCACCCAUGACUGCUGAUAUUCGACAACUUAAAAAGGAACUAGUCCAGGCUGAAGCUGAAGCCGAAGCGAUGGAAGUAGAUCCUGUACCAGAAAUCGAAGACGAUACGGUGGAUCAUCACGAGCUCGAGCAUCGCCCUCGAUCGCUAUCGCCCUCCGUCAUACGACAUAGUAGACCUUCUGCCGAGUCAUCUAACCAAGGCUCAGUGACUCAUUUUACCAACUACCAGCCAUUGUUGAAUCGGUAUCCUCAAUUAAACAGUAAAACCAUCGAUUCUGAUCUUCCACCUUCCGUUCAAGUAGACGAUGUACCUCAAAUAAGUCCAAAUUCCGAGCAGCGGGAUCCAGACUUCGUAGAUCGACCACUGUUAAGUUCGAUUGUACUAACCCGUAUGCUAAAGGCAAAUCCUCAUUUGACAGCUUGUCAAGCAGAGAUGGGAGGCGGUCAAUGUGCGGAUAGGAGCUGUCAAGAUCUACAUCUGGGAAGAGGGAUAAUACCUACUGACGAGGAUUUGGUUGAAUAUAUCGCUCAAAAGAUGACUAUCGGACAAGACAAGAGUGAAGCUAUCAAAGUCGCUCUUUUCAAGGCUAAGAAAGAAGUUGCAUAUCCAGAGGUAAACCUGGAGUCUGAUCAAGGGUUAUCAGCAUUGAUGGUGAAAGUCCAUCAAUUGAUCAAACAAUGA